GGAGCUGCUGCUGGGAAUGCUGCGCCGUCGCCGUGCCACCACGCCCCAUCCCCACGGAGAGACCCCCGAGGCGGCCGCGGGGGUCCCGGCCGCGCUGCCAGGCGGCGCCGAGCUGCGCUGCCUGACGGCCCCGGCGGUGGAGGCGGAACCCGAGGCCCCCCCCGGGCCCCACCACGGACACUCCCACGGCCCCGCUUUGCCCCCCAAUCCCGCGGCCGCCGAUCUGGCGUGGAUGGUGGUGCUGGGAGACGGCAUCCACAACCUGACCGACGGGCUGGCCAUCGGCGUUGCCUUCUCCCACAGCCUCCCCAGCGGCCUCAGCACCGCGCUGGCAGUGCUGUGCCACGAGCUGCCCCACGAGCUGGGUGACCUCGCGGUGCUGCUGCAGGCAGGCACGGCGCCCCGCACCCUCCUGCUGCUCAACCUGCUCUCGGCGCUGCUCUCCUGCCUGGGGGCGGCCGUGGGGGCGGCCGUGGGGCAGAACGCGGCCCAUCUCACCCCGUGGAUCCUCACCGCCACCGCCGGCACCUUCCUGUACGUGGCUCUGGCUGACAUGCUCCCCGAGGUGCUGCGGGGUCCCGGCGGGGGGACGUGGGGCCGCUUCGUGCUGCAGAACGCGGGCUUCCUGCUGGGCAGCGGCAUCAUGCUGGGCAUCGCGUUGGCCGAGGGCCACCUCAGCGCCUGGCUGCAGCCCUGAGGGGGCGGCCCCCGUGAGCCCCCGCCCCGCUGGGACCCCCAGCACCCAGCCCCGGCUUCGGACUUUCUCCCCUCCUCGUGGGACCCCUCUGCCAACCCAGAUGAAAUGCAGCCAAUCGCGGGGGCUCCGUGGGUCGCAGCUGCCAGACCCCGACUCCGCGUCCCCGUGGGGGGGGGGGGGCGGCAGGACGACGCUGGGCCCCCACCCCUCUUUGGUGGCGCUGCAGAGCUGCGGGUCUGGCGGCGCCGGCGUCGAAAGGAACGCGUUCCCCUGCCUGAGAAAGGACAGCAGAAGAGGCGUAGAAGCAAUAGCAUUUAAUAAACAUACUCGAUUCAAAGCCACAAUAUGAAUAACAGGACUUGGUCGCAGCUUACAUUGUAUAAAAUAGAUCAAGUCUGAA